CUUUACAUUUUAAUAUAUAAAAAUAUGAAUAUCUUUUGGUGACCGUUGUGACAUAAAAGUUUCGCAUUACAGAAAGUCAAACAUGAUUGCUGAGAAUACAGAAGAAAAGAAAAUAGUCGGUCUCCUUCCCAUGGGAUUAGCCGAGACAAAUAAUGAUGGACGAAAUGGUCAAAAAUGUUAUUCUAUUAUACAAAAAGUACUUGCAAUAAUAUCUUUAAUUUUAAUAGUGAUUGCAUUCUAUCUAUUAAUAUUAAGGCUUCUACAGAGCGACAAUAAUGUUAACAAAACAGAAUUAAUCGUUUUAUCUGGUUUCCACGAGGAACAAAAUGUUUCAAUCUUACAAGACGAAAUAGAAAUUUUGCUUCGAUUAAAGAACAUUACAUCAAAAGUAAAUCCAAGUGAACGAAAAAAAAGGGAAACUUUACCUUCAACGCAGAUCUUAAAAAAAGAUAAUAAAUUCAAAAGAAAUAUUAAAUUUAAAGAUAAUCAAAAACAAAAGGCAAAGAAAAUUAUAGCAGAACACGAAUUUCUAUGUAACGAAGAAUAUCACAAGGAAUCUUGCAAGGAACUCGUUAUGAAAUUGAAAUCCCUUACAGAAAAUAAUCUUUCGAAUCAUCGUAUAAAUAAAGAAGAACUUGCUGAUAUAAUUCAAGAAAAUAUAAGGGACGGAGUUAAAGAUAAUCUGAAAACUAUAAGCAGUAUCAAGCCUACUGAUGUAUCAAAAAGAGAAACGAAUCCUCUUCAUAUUACUAAUUCGUUAAGACCUAUAAAAAGUGUACCUUAUGAUACUUAUCAUUUUGAUAACUCUGAACAAAUACACGGAACGCCUCAACAUUCUAUGAUUAAUUCUCGCGAUGUUUUAAAUCCACAAUUAACGGAAACGUGUUUGCUAAAGCGACUCAUGAGACAGAGUUAUCCAAAUUUACAAGGUAUCUUUGAUACUCCCCAUCAUGAAUAUCAACAGUUGAUUCCAUCAUAUCCUAGGCAAUUCUCAUCAGAUUUUAUUUCAUCUUACGUCCAAAAUCGUGGUAUCGAUGCACAAAAACAUAAGCCCCAUCCGCAAGAUAUUGAAAUUGCCAUGAAAUUUUUUGCUCCAAAGCAUGACAUAGCUUUUAAAGAGGCACCAUCUAACACUUCUAUCAAUGAAGUUGAAUGUCCGAUAGGUACUAUAUCAUGUGAAAGUGGUAGCUUCUGUGUUGAUGAAAAGAACUGGUGCGAUGGUAACGUUGACUGUGAUGACGUGAGCGAUGAAUCCCGUUGCAGUUGUAAAUCAAGAGUAGAUGAAUCUAGAAAAUGUGACGGCUAUUUCGAUUGUCCUUUCGGUGAAGACGAAAUGGGUUGCUAUGGGUGCAGCGAAGACACGUUUAGUUGUGAAGAUCUUCAUUUUAAUUUUAGCACAUGUUUUUCUAAGGAACAACGCUGUAACAAUAUAGUCGAUUGUCCGAAUCACAAAGACGAAAUUGAUUGUACCAUGUUAGCCCCGAGUUUACAUAAAAAACCUCUCUUCGCAGUAUCAAACACAGAUGGGUACUUGCACAGAAAUUAUAAAGGAAAUUGGUACGCAGUAUGUAGCAAUCCUUACAUGUGGGCGCAUGAUGCCUGUCGUCGUGAAACAGGCCUUAUUAUAAGGCCACCAUUUAUUCAAAUUUUACAAAUAGACCCAUUACUUAAAGUAAAUUACAUAAGCACUGCUCCUGGGGGACUUUUGCAUACAAGCAAUACAUGUUUAAAUUCUUCAGCCGUAUAUGUCACGUGCCCUGACUUACUAUGUGGUACUAGAAUUCUUACUGCAACACAGCAGUUAAAAGAGAAUGCUGGGAUAGAAAACCACCUCUUUGGUCGGAACAAAAGAUAUCUUCUCCAAAGGCACCCACAACCUAUGAAGUUUUACGGCGGCCGAAUGAAAAGAAACGUAGGAAAUAAAAGUGUCAGAUCAGAAAUCCCUUUGAAUCAUUUAAGUGACGGUAAAAUUGACGAAGUAAGGAUCAAGAGGGCACAAGGUAGAGUGGUUGGAGGUAAACCCAGUCAGCCGGCUGCUUGGCCUUGGAUGGUUGCCUUGUACAGGGAUGGAAUGUUUCACUGUGGUGGAGUAAUAAUAAAUCAAAAUUGGGUCAUGUCUGCAGCACACUGCGUAAAUAAGUUUUGGCAGUAUUAUUAUGAAGUGCAAGUUGGUAUGCUUCGUCGAUUUUCUUUUUCACCGCAAGAACAAAACCAUCGCGUAACUCAUAUAAUCGUUAAUCAUAAUUACAACCAAGAAGACAUGAAGAAUGAUCUAUCAUUAUUAAGAGUAAAGCCCGCAAUACAAUUUAGUCGUUGGGUGCGGCCAGUAUGCCUACCGAGCCCUGAAGUUGCUGGUGCGGAUUGGAUGUGGGGACCACCCGCUGGAACUAUUUGUACUGCUGUAGGCUGGGGAGCUACGGUAGAGCGUGGGCCUGAUCCUGAUCAUAUGCGUGAGGUAGAAGUUCCAAUUUGGGAAAAAUGUAAACAUCAAGACGAUCAAGAUGGUAAUGAAAUAUGUGCUGGUCUAGUCGAAGGUGGAAGAGAUACAUGUCAAGGUGAUAGUGGAGGACCAUUGUUAUGUAGAAAUCCAAUGAAUACUCAGCAAUGGUAUGUAGCAGGUAUUGUUAGCCAUGGAGAUGGAUGUGCAAGGAAAGGCGAACCGGGAGUUUAUACUAGAGUAAGCCUCUUUGUGUCAUGGAUAAGAUAUCAUACAUCAUCAAAAACAUUACCAAUGCUACAACCAAAACAGGAAUGUCCGGGCUUUAGAUGUGAUUCUGGUAUUCUAAAAUGUUUGCCAAAAAAACGUAUGUGUGAUAAGAUUAUAGACUGUCUUGAUGGAGAAGAUGAAUAUAAUUGCGAUGUGGCUAGAUCUUCUGUAAGCAGUACAAUUACAGAGCCAAUUACAAGAUUAGAAAAUGCAACAAUUAAUAAUUAUGAAUCGCUAAGUAUGAAUAAUAGUAUUUUAAAUCAUGAAAAUAAUUCUUUAACCCAUGAAACCAGUAUUGAAUACGUUACAGAGAGUAAGUAUGCCUUAAACUUAACAGAGGUAACUACAACAACUUCUUAUAUAACUUUCUCUAACUCCGGAGACCAAGAUGCCGACAAAACUGUAAGUAAUUUAAAUACGAUACCUAAUAGUGAUAAUGCAAAAAAUUUAAUAAGUCCGUUUUCUGUUACACAAUCACUAAAGCCCAAUACAGAAAUUACCAAACUCGAAGAAGAUAUGAAACAAGCUUCUUUUAUUGAAAUGGCAAAUAUGGAUUACUCACAAGAAUACGGAAUUGAAGAAAAUAUUGACGAUAGUGUUACAAUUGAUCCAAUUAAAAUCACAACAACAACAAGUGAAAUGAUGGAACAAAAAGCAAUAAAUAUUAAAACAUAUCCCUUAGAAUCAAUGUCAUUAGAAAAAACUUCUAUUCAAGGAAAUUAUAAUAUUAAUUCAGAAUUAAGGGAAACAAUAACGACAGCUCUACCUUCGGAAACAAAAGCUUCCACAACUUACUAUGAGAAUGAUGAAAAAACUACAAAUAAAAUGGAGCUUGAUGAUUUUCUACAAGCAAGUACCGAAAGCAACACAAACAAUGAGUCUAUAAAAAUUUACAAAAGUGACAUAAGUAGUGAAACAGACCAAAACUCAAAUGAAUUUAUUAUCGAACUUCUUCCUUAUACGAAUGUGGUCACAGAAAAAUCUGAUGUUUUAGAUACAAAUAGUACUACUAAUCAUAUAAGCGAUCAAAUAAUUUCUGAAUCAGCUAAUGUUGAACAUAACACACACAAUAUAAAACAAUUAGACACUAAAGGCGAAGUUGUUACUAAUAUAAUAGAUAUCAUGCUUUCUGAGCUUCAACCUGCAAAAAUUAGAAAGAAACAUUUGACACCAAUAGAGUUUCAAUGUAGACGAAUAUACCAAAUCGUCCCUUUUGCGACUCGAUGCAAUCAUAAAGCAGACUGUGAAGAUGGCACAGAUGAACUGGAUUGUACUUGCCUUGAUUAUUUAACGUCAUAUGACAAUAAACUCAUAUGUGAUGGGAAUUUUGAUUGCGCAGACGGUCAAGAUGAAUUAGACUGUUAUAGCUGUGAGGAAGAUCAAUUCCUCUGCAAGCAAAGUCAAAUUUGCUUGCCAUCGAACAAAGUUUGUGAUGGUAAACCACAAUGUCCUUUAGGAGAGGAUGAAUUAGAUUGCCUGGCUCUUUCAAAUGGAAAAUAUAUUGAUUACAAUUUGAAUGAUAGACCAAAGGUAGCUUUAGAAGGUUAUUUAACAAAAAAACGUAAUGGAAAUUGGCAUAUAGUGUGUGAAGAUAAUUUGUCAAUUCAACAGCAAGAAGAAUCUGCAUCACAUAUGUGUCGAUAUCUAGGUUUUAGUUCAGCAAACAGAUUUAUGAUAAAAUAUAUAAAUUUAAAAGGUGACUUAGUUAAUUCAAAAGAAAAAAAUAAAAGUAAACGAGAUAUCGAUCUUAAAGUUCCAGUAAGUUUUGCAUAUCAAUCAAAUAAUGACAGCCAAUCCAAUAAUUAUAUAAUAAAAAAUCCUGAGGUUAUAAAAGAAGAAUGUGUGCCUAAUAUUACAAAAACUUGCAUGGCGUUGUAUAUUUAUUGUGACCAUUCUCUUUACACAAAUUUUGAAAAGAACACAGAACUUUUACACAACCAUGAUACAUAUUCCGUUUCAAAUCGCUUAUGGCCAUGGAUAGCUAAAUUAUAUAUUGAUGGAAAAUAUAUUUGUAUGGGUGUUUUGGUAGAUUUAUCCUGGGUUUUGAUGGGCAAUUCCUGUCUGAAGAGUGCUACAUUAAGUCACCACUUUAUUUCAGUCUCACUUGGGUCACAUAAAACGCUCGGUUCAAUUAUGGGUCCAUACGAACAAGUAUAUCAAAUCGAUGCAAAGAAAGAUUUGUAUCGCAGUAAGGUUAUUUUAUUACAUUUGAAACAACCUGCAGUUUAUUCAACUAUGGUAAAACCUAUGGUGGUGAUAUCUUCGUAUUUCGAAGAUAAUAAAAACAUAGUAUGUGUAGCAGUGGGUCAAGAUAAAAAUAACGAAACAUUUAAUGUUUUCUUAAAGGAAACCGACGAAUGCGAUUUACAUAACCGAUGUUUCAUUAUACAACCAAAUUCUAGUGUAUGUCAUCCUAUGAGUUCCCAAUGGGUGGGUAUAAUUUCGUGUCAUACGAAACAAGGAUGGUACCCUGCAGCAUCAUUUAUAAUAAAUAAAGAAGAAUGUUCUUCAAGUGAUCGAAUAAUAGGAACUGAUAUUGGAAAUUUAAAACAUGAAAUUAAAUAUUAUGAAGAUCCCGUCGAACAAAAUAUGUACCACGAAUGUGAAGGAAUAAGGUGUAAGCGUGGGAAGUGUAUCAAGUUACGUAAAAUUUGCGAUGGUGUUACCGAUUGUGAAGACGGUGUUGACGAAUCGAAAGAAGCAUGUAAAAAGAAAUCCUUUACAUGUGAUAAAGAUCCUCAUUAUCGUGGCUGUGAAUGUCCAGUUGGACAGCUAAAAUGCCAUAAUGGUCAAUGCAUUUUUAAAGAACUCUUCAAAGAUGGUCACGAUGACUGUGGUGAUGGUACUGAUGAACCUGGACAGACGACUUGUUCUGAUUAUCUAAGUCGUGUGAUGCCUUCUAGACUAUGUGAUGGCAUUCUUCAUUGCCAUGAUAGAAGUGAUGAAGACCCAAUGUUUUGUAAAUGCUUUGCUAAGGAGGCAUACAAAUGCUCUCAGGUAUCUAAUAACGAGGAAUACUGUGUAGCCAAUGAUAUGGUUUGCGAUGGUAUCAGAGAUUGUCCGAACGGAGAAGAUGAGAGAACUUGUAUAGGACUUAGAUCACCUGAAGGAACUCCGUAUGGAGUUGGUGAAGUAAUCGUUAGAUCGCACGGUAUUUGGUAUUCCAAAUGCUUUCCUAAACAAAACCACACGAGAUCCGAAUUGGAAGAAAUAUGCAGAACCCUCGGAUUUAUAGGCGGUCACGCCAAGCAACUAGCAAUGCCCCGAGUUACAACGGAUCGACACAACAGUGUUGUUGUUGAUACGUUUUCAAAUAUAACAUUAAAUAUGAAUACUACUAUAAAAUUGAGAAAUAGUCAUACGCCUAUUGCCCGCGCGGUUGUCGACGAAAAGGAAAAUUGCUAUCCAGUUUUUAUAGAAUGUCUUUAGAUAAAUCAAUCGUUCACUCAUCAGUGUUAUAUAAUAGGUUUAUAGUUAUGCAUAGACAUUAAUUG